GAAAACAUGGAAAAAGACAAUGACUCCACUGUGACCAAAUUCUUCCUCUCUGGCUUAACAGACCAAGCAGAGCUGCAGCUGCCACUGUUCCUCCUCUUCCUUGGUAUCUACCUGCUCACAGUGCUGGGGAACCUGGGCAUGAUAAUCCUGAUCCUGCUAAGCUCCCACCUGCACACACCCAUGUACUUCUUCCUCAGCAGCCUGUCCUUCAUUGACCUCUGCCAAUCUACUGUCAUUACCCCCAAAAUGCUGGUGAAUUUUGUGAAGGAGAAGAAUGAAAUCUCUUACCCUGAGUGUAUGAGUCAACUUUACUUCUUUCUUCUUUUCGCUAUUUCAGAAUGUUACAUGCUGGCUGCAAUGGCAUAUGAUCGCUAUGUUGCCAUCUGUAGCCCCUUGCUUUACAGUAUCAACAUGGCUCAACAUGUGUGCCUUUCCCUUGUUUUAGGAGUUUACGUUAUAGGUAUAGCUUGUGCAUCAGUUCACUUAGGAUGUAUAUUUAGGGUUGAUUUCUGCAGAUUUGAUUUGAUCAACCAUUAUUUCUGUGACCUUAUUUCUCUCCUUAAGCUCUCAUGCUCUAAUGUUUUUUUGAAUGAGUUGUUGAUUCUAAUCUUUAGUGGAAUUAAUAUCAUUACCCCCACUUUGGCCAUCCUUAGUUCUUAUGUUUUCAUCAUUAUCAGCAUCCUACGCAUUAAAUCCACUGAGGGAAGAUCCAAAGCCUUCAGCACCUGCAGUUCCCACAUCUCUGCUGUUGCUGUCUUUUAUGGUUCUGCUGCAUUUAUGUAUCUGAACCCAUCAUCUUCCCAUUCCAUGGAUGAAGGAAAGGUGUCAUCUAUAUUUUACACUAUCAUUGUGCCAAUGCUGAACCCUCUGAUCUACAGUCUGAGGAACAAGGAUGUCAAUAUUGCUCUGAAGAAAAUGAUAGAAAGAAGAUCAUUUUUCUGA